AUGGAGAGACGAGGUAAAGCGGAUAGGAAACAAGGUAAAUCAACUAAAAUCAAGCAACUAUCAACAGACUAUGUUGAAAACUUGAAAAUCCUACAUCCGUUCCCUCUCACCACACAAACCAACGAUGUGAUCAGUUGCAAUGAGCAGGUUAUCAAAGACGAAGAUGAUUGGGAUUGGGACUACGAUCAGGAUUAUAAAACGAAAGAAUCAGAAUCCAGUGACGAAGAACCAUUAUCCUGUAAAGUUAAAAAAUGUGAACCGGCUGAAGACGUUCAAUCAAUUAAAGAAGAGGAAUCGAUUAGUGAAUCUCCAAAACCACAGGAUGAGGACUUGUUGAAACUACCAAAGAGUUGGGAUAACGAUUUCCCAAAUGGUGAAGUUGAUGUGUUGAUUUUAACGAAGGAAGAGCAAAUGGCUGAAGUGAUAUCAAGGAGGACUUCAACGAACUAUUUGAACUCGUUUUAUAAAUGCGAGAUGUGCUACAAAGGUUUUAUAACGGACACAACGUACAAGAAUCACAUGGCCAGGCAUGAACCGAGCAGCGGUAUCCACGAAUGCGAGGUCUGCCAUAUGCGGUUUCCCCACACGAGGUCUCUAAGAGCCCACAUCGCGAGCUCCCACGAACAGAAGUUCGUUUGUAAGCUGUGCACCUUCGUAUCCAAGUCUAGAUACAGGGCGAAAGAACAUUCAAAAUGGCACAGCGGUCAUACGUUCGCUUGCAAGCAUUGCGGCGCUACAUUCGCGUAA